CCGCCGCCCGGUGCCGACCUGACCUGACCUGCCCUGCCCUGUCCUGCCCUCCCCUCCCACACACGCGCCCAGCAUGGCUGCCAUCAUGUUCCGCGACUUUUCCUUUGCUCCCGUCCUGCGCCCCGCCUACGCUCUCUACGAGGCCGAGCGCGCCGCCAUGAACGUGUCGCCCACGUCAAAGGCACUGCCGCCCGUCUAUGACGCCCUUCGCCCGCCCACGCCGCCCUGCACCAUGGGAGACCUCGCCCUCCAGCUCAACCAGCAGAGCCUGCGCAUCAACACCGCCCUCGCCGCCUAUCCCGCUCGCCCCCCGACGCCAGAAAGCGACCACGAACAAGGCCCCUCGCACCGCACACACCAAGGCCGCCCCACCUACUCGCGCAUUGCCACCUCGGUCCUCCGCAUGCAGCGUCAACACAACUCGCGCAUGCAGUGCACCUCUUCACACGCCCGCGACAUUGCCAAGCUCGUUAAGAUGAUUGAGCAUGAACAGCAGUGCACCGUCAGCGACCCGUCGCCAGCCACCAAGUCGCCCGCAUCACCAUCACCAUCACCAUCACCAGCACCAUCAUCAUCAUCAUCACCACCAGCACCACCUUCGGCACGUGCACGCGCCCGCCCGUCGGGCCAUGACGAGGGCGUCGACAUGGACUACGACAUGCCCUCCAAGGCCAUCGACGCCAUGGUCGCCACCCCAGCCUGGAGAGCGGCCGACCGCCGUGAUAGCUGCGCUCGCGUGACCAAGUCGGUGCGCAUGCGCAAGCGGUCUCGAGAAAACGCCCUGAGCAAGAGGCUGUCUUCUUAAUUGGCACCAUACCCUGCACUUGAUUACAUGCAUAGCGAAGGCGUUUUGGUUUUUCAUUCUCGGCGCAAUAUACCACUCUGAUUCUUCACGCCGGAACCAUGGUCAGCAACACAUCCAACAUGGCCGGAACACUUUCUUUUUUCUUUGAUACACGUUAUCAUCAUAGGGCACAUAUCUGUUUCCAGCGCGGAAACGCUCCCUGCGGGUUGAGCCUGGCGUUGUAGGGUGCGAUGAGCUUAGUGCUCUCGCUACAUUCUUAUUCUGCAUUAUCAAUACAAG